GGAUUAAAAAUGAUAGAAAGAAUUCAGUGCGUUCACUUUCUUCGUGAUAGGAAUAACGAUGCUCCAUUACAAUGCCAUUGUAUUCGGCGUUUGGCUCGAUUUGUAUUCCGCGGAGAGAAUUUAUGAUAAUGCCGGAUGGUGAAAUCACUUUUCAGAUAACUCACGUAUACCUUGUUUUCAUGGACUCACUUUCCGUCUAUAAAAGAGACCUCCGGUAACUUAUAACUCGCAGUCUCCAGUUAAAUUUGGACACGGUGAAAAGCUACAAAAUCCAUCGGGGAUUAAAAUCAACGACGAUGUUCCAGAGACUAAUCGUAGUUUUCAUUGCCUGCCAAAUAUUGGUACAGGCUUAUGGCAUCGACGUGUCCCGAGAUAAAAAUGUACAACUGCAGUUGAAUAAUAACGACGCUUUACCGAAAACCAAACUGUUGGCUAACAGCCCAGAGGAACGUGGGCCUGGUUUUAUCGGAGAUUUAGUUUUCGGACAGAGAUACGCCGACGAGACGGUAUUCAGAAGAGUAAUUGAAUUCAAUAAUCCCUCGAACGUUGUUCAAGCCACCACGUUGGACGUUUCUGUAACGAGCGGAGCUAUUCAUUACUUAAGCGCGAGGAACGUUCAAGGGAGCCAUGCAGUCGUUUGUGGAAAUUCGAACGUGUUGGGAUCGAGCAGGACCAGCAUAAGCUUGAGAGUAUUACCGAAUUCGUUGGCCACAUUGAAUCUGAUCGUUGCUGCCCACGACGGAAGAACCGGCAAUUAAUUUCGCAAGAAUUAUUUUAAAAAAACGUUUCACUUUUUAUUAACUAUAUUUUGUAAGCGGUGAUGUUUUUGUAUAUUGUAUAUGUUACUAUUUGUUAUAUUUUGAAAAGCAUAUGAUUGAAUAAAGGCGGUCUAUAUA